CCCGCCUGGCGCUGCCGCGGGGCUGAGCGGCGGCGGCCGUGGGGCGAGCCUUGCGCCCUCGCCGGUGCCGGAGUGCGGUGCCCUCUGGCUUCUUGAGCCUAGUGUUCGCUGCUUGGCCGUGUCUCCGCGGGCGGAGCGGACUGGGACGUGUUCGCUGGUACCUGACGUCCUGGAGAAACCCGGCCUUCGUGGGCACCGCGCCUGCUCGGGCUUCCGCCCCGGGCACGGCCCGGGAAUGGCGUCGUGUCGAGGGGAGAUCUGUUGCCAGUCAAAUGCCUCCCAAAGGGCUAGUACACAUAGAGAAUAGGAGGAGCAUCAGCAGCAUUACAGAUUGCAGCAAACAGAUUCCAUGCAAAAGGCAGAAGAGCAGGAAGGAGAAACUUUGGUGAAGGGAAAGAAGAAACACAGUGUUUGAGAGAAAACCUUGCUGCUUGAGGAGGAAAAGACAUAAAUUGACAAGUACAUCAGGCAUUGCACAAGCAACAUGUCUCGGCCACCAGGAAGAAAGCAGGAGAACCACAAAAUAAGCAGAGAACUUUUUGUACUCACAUAUGGGGCUUUGGUAGCCCAACUGUGCAAGGACUAUGAAAACGAUGAAGAUGUCAACAGCUGUUUAGAUAGAAUGGGAUACGGGAUUGGUGUAAGGCUGAUUGAUGAUUUUUUGGCUCGUUCAGCUGUGAAAAAGUGCCGCAGUUAUUCUGAAACAGCAGACAUGAUUGCACAGGUUGCUUUCAAGAUGUACCUUGGGAUUACUCCUAGUGUGAGCUGCAGUAGUGCCACAGGAAAUGUAUUUUCCUUAAUCCUGGACAAAAACCCACUAGUGGACUUCGUAGAGGAGCUGCCAGCAGAACGAGCAUCACUUUGCUACUGUAACCUCCUCUGUGGGGUGAUUCGGGGUGCCUUGGAAAUGGUUCACUUAGCAGCAGAAGUUACCUUCCUCCAGGACAGGCUGAAGGGUGAUGCUGUGACAGAAAUAGGAAUUACGUUUUUAAGGAAGGCUGAAGACAGAAAGCACAAAAGAAAUAAAUGAAAUAAAUAUUGGGAGGAACCAUUGCUGAGGGAUAUUUUUCAUCUUUUGUUUCUGAAGAAAACAUGCAGGAAGACAUGGCUUCCCUGAGGCAGCUGCUCCAGUCAUACAUUUGAAAGGUGAAGAGAGCUGGGCAGCAAACAGGAUGGGUAUAGCAGUGGGAGAGAAAUGUUAAUCUCCAGGACACGGAUAUCAAUAUAAGAGAUGAAAAUGACCUGCUCUUCCUCCUCACAUAACCAUGCUUUUGAGCUCAAUGGAAGUUUUAUCUCAGUAUUUAGUGCAUGCUGGGUACGAUAUAUUUAUUCAGGCACUGCCUGUUUUCAGCUAAAUAUGACCAACCACCUUUUCCACUUUUGUUUGUUGGUAAUGGUUCAAAGUAUGGUUGCUAAGAGAUGCUUUAUUUCCCUGGCUAGGAAAGCAUUUCAUGGUUAGGAAAAAUGAAUUAAUUUGCUGUGGCUGCUGUAUCCAGUGUCUCCGUGUCAGGUGCCUGUUUUAAUGCACGAUGGUUUGUCAUUCACUGUCCUCCAUGCUGGUCAUCCUGCUCCCUUUGAAACCAGAGAGGGAUGCAGGAUCGCUGAGGGUGGGAGCUGGUUCCCUAUGUCUCUUUCAGGCCCCAAAUGCUGGCACACCUCUUUAGCCUUACGUGUUUGUCAGGCUGCAGCACUCUAAAAACUGCAGCAAAUGCUUGUGUUGCUUCAAGCUAUGGGACUUUUCAUGUCAGUUUUCUCUUCAAGAGCACUGAUCUUAUGACCACGCUGAACAAAGCAUAGUGUAUUUAGUGUUUAGUCACUGUGGAUCUGUACUUCACCUAAGGAAACUUGAAUAAAAAUUCAGAGAUUGCCACACAA